AUGGUUGCACACACAGGAUCUUCAAAAUGUAUGCAGCCACUUGAUUUUGUCAGUGAGCUAGUUUACUCUUUGAUCGACCGCCUAGACUUGGCUGUCGAUGGCAGGAUAACUGCUGUCGAGUUACAGUCAAGGCGCAGACUUGCAGAGGGUACCCGGUCGACCCCUGCAGAGCAGCUGAGCACUGACUCGCCCAUGUACAACCGGAUUGUAAACAUAGCCUCACCACCGGUCCCGCCAGCCGUUCGUAUGACUGCAAAAUGCACGGAGCCACUUGAUUUUGCUAGUGAGCUAGUUCACUCUUUGAUCGACCGCCUGGACUAG